AGAAAUGUUUUAUUUCGUUAGCUUGAAUGCUAAAUUAUUCUGAUUGGAAACAUGGCGUGGCAUAUCGUGCAAAAACUGGUUGAGGGGGUGGGAGAACAUUCAACUCUGUUUGGAAAAUUCUGGAUAACUUUGUUUUUCAUCAUUCGGUUUCUAUUUGUCGUUACGUUAGCUGAGUCGACAUGGACCGACAACGAAUCUGAGAAAAUGGAAGAUAAUUAUUUGGAAGGGAUUGUCUGCAACACUUUGUCUCCUGGUUGUAAGAACGUUUGCUUUAACGCGUUUAGUCCAAUUUCUCCGAUACGGUAUUGGUGUUUUCAAUUACUAGCAACUGCUCUGCCGCCUAUUAUGUUUAAUAUUUACGUCAAACAUAAAAUGGCGCUUAUUGUCAGAGCAACUCGACGAAAAAGAAAGUAUGAGAACGCAAUAACCCUUCAAUAUGGGAUUCAAGAAAUUGCGGAACGACCGAUUCCCAAUGAGACAAACGGUGAAACACAAGAACAAAAGGCAUCAAAACUACAAACAGAGCAUCCGAAACUCUACUUGGCAUAUUUCUUCAUGGUUUUUAUGAGAUUGGUGAUCGAGGUUGGAUUUAUGGUUGGCCAAUACUUUCUCUAUACUUACAAGUUCGUUGUACCUGAGUUGUGGCAAUGCAGUCACUGGCCUUGUCCCAAUGUGGUCGAUUGCUUCGUUUCAAGACCAAAAGAGAAAACGAUUCAAACUUGUAUCUUCUACGUCACUGGUUGCAUCAUGGUCGUUCUCAAUGUGAUCGAGUUAUAUCACAUCGGUGGCAACGUUGGUAAAGCUUGGAGCAAUAGAAGUAAUGAUAUUACGAAAGAAGUGUUUGGGGAAAAUGCCGGCCCUAACUUUGAGGCCCCCGGUGGCAUGAGACAUUGGGUGCCGGGGACAGAGGGUAUGUACCAAGAAUACCCAAGUGGUUACCCCGACGUAACAGGAAUACCACGGUAUACUGUCGUUAGGCGUACAGGCAUUGAUUUACGUUUGCCGCAAUCGGAAAGAGAAAACUAAGAAUUGAUAUGUACACAUUUUAAUUGUUCGCCGUUCGGCACAUUAUUAGUGUGAGCUUAAUGUAUCUUAUAUAUCCUCACAUGGCGGG